AUGUCAUCUCACAACCAUCACGGACACGAUUCUGCUGCGCCAACAACUCCUCCUGUUUCUACAACUUCCACAACUUCGUCUAAUAUCGGCCUGGUUAAAGAAGAUAAUCGUCAACCUUCUUCUCCUCCUUUAUCAUCUCCUACAACUCCUUUACAAAAUUCUAUUGAUUCUCUAAAAGUUGAUUCUUCUUUACCUUCAUUUGCUUCUGUAUUCACUUCUAAUAAUAACAAUAAUGACAGCGAUGAAGAUGAGAUUGAUGAAUUAUUACCACAACAACGGAAAUUACGCAAUCAAAGUCACAAUUCUGCUGAUAAUUAUCUUUCUUCUCCGAUAACUAAUGAUACUUCUCCUUCACUACUCCCUCUUUCUAUUGAUAAUGCUCGUUCGGCUGCUAGUAUUUCAAAUCUGAUCAAUCAUGAUGACGAUCAUCAUUCUUCUGUUUCUCCUACAUCACAAAUUAGUAGUAGAUCAAUCUCCCCAUCACCUGAAACUCCUCGUAAUAAUGUUUCCAUAUUAAAUGAACCAAGGUUUAUUAGUAUAGAAUUUCAUAACACAAAUAACUCCGAUUUUUCUUCUCCUACUACCACUAAAAAGAAAAGAAAAAGUGGUCACGAUGCCGAUGAUGAUAUAUCUAAAAAUAAACGUAUUUCUGAUUCUUCAAAAAGGCAACGUAAAAAUGUACAUAAAUCCUCUUCAACUACUUCUGUAUCAAAUACUCCUAUCUCUGCAACUUCUAUUAUUGAUGAAACUGAUGACGUCACCACUUUGAAUGGUUCUAUACCUCCUUCUCCGGUUCCUUCUUCAGGAUUUGACGAAAUGAUUCUUGAUGAUCAAGUUUCUGAUGAUUUCCCUUCUGCUACUUCUCCAACAAAUACCAAUGCAAAUAUUACCUUUUCUUCAAAACAAAAUCGUAAAAAACCUUAUAUUCCUCGUCCUCCAAAUUCUUUUAUUUUAUAUCGUCAACAUCAUCAUCCUCUUAUUCUUAAUCAACAUCCUGGAAUUAAUAAUUCCGAAAUUUCUCGUAUAAUAGCUGAUCAUUGGAGAAAUUUAUCUGAUCAUGAAAAAGAUGAAUGGAAAAGAAAAGCUGAAGAAGCAAAAGAACGUCAUAUGAAAGCUUGGCCUGAUUAUAAAUAUCAACCUAGAAGAAGAGUGGUUGGUCCAACUUUUAAAAAACCAUUAAAGGGUCCUGGUGCUCCUACUAAACUCGAUAAUGUAGGUGAUUUUGAUACCGGCUCUCGUCGUAAUAUUAAUGAUCAUGUGAAACCAAAUAUGGAUAAUUUCGUUAUGGAGAUUUCUAAUUCUUUUCAAAGAAAAUCCAGUAUUGCUGAUGAUAUCCCUAUUAAUGAUUCCCAUGAUUCACGUGAGUUGACGGAUAUAACUUCUUCUCAAAGGAAAUCAAUCAUAAUAAUUGAGCGUGGUUCAAAAGAAUUGAAUAAAAUAGAACGUAAUAAAUCGAACAAUAAAAAAUCGCCUACUCCGGAUGCAUUCAAAUCAAAGAUGUCCACUUCUCCUCAGAGACAAAAUUCUACUUCAUCGCAAAUUACGACACGUUUACCUCCUCCACAUACUUUAGUAGCCCCUCCAAUGCAAUUAUUACCACCCACACAACCUACAAUGAUUUUGCCUAAUACGCCUUCUCCACCUUCUGCUACGGCUCGUGGUGCGCUUAUUGUUCUUGAAGGUUGUGAAGAUGGUACAACUGCUUUACAAUCAACAAAAUUAUUGGAAUUUUUAAAAAAUGAAGGUAUCAAAGCUCGUUUGUGGAAAUUCCCUGAUACCUCAACUCCUUCGGGUACUGCUCUUAAAGCUUAUAGAUCAAAUAAUCGUCAACCACAUCCAAAGACUCUUCAUUUACUUGUUGCUGCUCAUUGGUGGGAACUUAUGCCUAUAAUGAAAGAACAUCUAAUUAAUGGCACAACUUUGAUAGUGGAUAAAUAUGUUUACUCAUCGAUUGCUGCUUCUGCUUCGGCAGGUUUAGACCUCAAUUGGUGUAAAGCUAGUUAUGUGCACUUGUUAUGCCCUGAUUUGAUCUUUUUCUUAAAUGUAGAAAGAGAAUCAAAUGAAUUAGAUCAACAGUCUCAAUCUCCGCAAUCAACUCAACUCCCUCAUGUUAAUGAUAUGCUUGGAGCUAGUAGUAAUGAUGAUGAAAGUAGACGUGCAUCUGAAUGGCAAAAAAGAUUACAAGAUGCAUUUGCUCGAUUGGCAGAAGUUCAGUGGAAGAUUUUGGAUGCGCGUAAAUCAAAUACUUUGGUUCAUACUCAAAUACUUGAAGCUUCAAUUGAGGUUAUUGAAAGAUGUCGCAAAUACACAACUGGUUAUAAUA